CUCUUGUUUCAUCUCUACACCUUUUUCAUUCACAAAGUUAAAGCUCUACGGGAACUCUUGAUUCAAGUUCACAUCAACUAAGAUCCUUGCAAACUGUAGCUUAUCUUUCUUCAUGGUUGCCUGAUCUAAUUUGACAGGUUUCCCACCAACAUUUGCAAGUUUAAACAGACACUUUCCUCCCCAAUAUCAUUAGGAAAUUGAAUCAGAUUGGGACUGAUUUAACCUCCUCUUACAAAACGUUCAUUUCUGGGUUCCAUUCCUUUACUAUAAGGGGUCUCUUAUCAAAGAAAUAGUGUCCACCUUCCAAUGCAUUGUUCUUACCCACAUAAUCAGUAAAUUGGGCAAUAUGAACACCAUUUUCAAUCGGGAUAAUUUUAUCUAUACCAUACUUUCCCCAAAUCCUAUUUAUUUAUCCAACAAAACAUGUUGCGCUGGUCUACCACCUUAACGCAAAACAGACGACAGAACGAAGUUCCCAAAUACUCUAAUUCCUCUUGUAUAUCUUCCAUGUCAAUUUUGAUUAAUGGAACAGUAGCUAAUGGUAAAUAGCACUUCUCACAAUCACUACCCUUCAAUUGAUAACCAGAAUUUCCCAAUUGCAUAUCAUAAUUGUUCAAUUCUGAUGAGAUUUUGAACAUUAUCUAAAGGAUUCAUCACAAUCGGAGAGUUGAGUUUGUUUGGGUUACCCUCAAUUUCCGCCAUAAAUGGAGUUUGAUGAGCAGAGUUCCCAUUCAGAGCAUCCAUCCAUGUCGCUUAUCCCUAUUUUGUUGUCCCCUAUCCCGUGUUGAACCUCCCUCCAUUAAAAUUCCAUCUUCCUCCGACGAAGUAUCUGGGCCCGAAUCAACAACGUUGCUGCCUUCAAGAUAUCGCUUAUUGUUGCAUUUUCACUCCAGACGUAGGCGUUGCUGGUCCUUUUGUCUUCCAUUGCCAUUCUUAGCUUGUUUUUCUCCCCCAUUUGAGCUUUCCUGGUAUGGCAGCCAGUGCGUGUGAACGCGUUGACAAAAAGCUUUUCUUGGAUUUUUCAAGUCUUUUCUUAGUCCCAGUUUAACUAUACAGAAAGUCUUCUUCUGUUGCUUGACUUCUACUAUUCAGUUGGAAGCCUGGUAAUUCAUAAGGAUCAGGACCGGGGGGAUCAAGCUCAUCUGACAAUGAUUUUCCCACGGUUAAAACAUGGUGUGAUUUAAAUGAUCUUCCGGACGAAGAUCGAAUUGUUCUCGAUCUGAAAUCGAGAGGUGCAAAUCUUCCCAAUAUUGAAGACAGGUAUCUUUUUGCAAUUGGGAAACAUGGGUUAAGGGUUACCGAAGGAGGCACCAUGAUAGAGGAUAAGCCUGUAACUUAUCCGGGUCAUGGUGGAGUGGUAUUCAGGAUAUUAGGAGAGUUUAAGGGAUGUGACGUUUCUACGUCUUUCUUCGUCGCCAAAGAAGAUAUCUACUAUUCUGUAAUCUCAACAGAUGGGGAAGUGAGUUGGCAAAUUUUGAAGGGAAGUUUAGUGGGUAUUGAAGGACUUGAAAAAUUGGCAGCUGGUUUCCAUGUUUCUUACGGGAAGAACUCAAAAGAUGGCAAGGUUAGAGAGGAAUUUAAGUAUUUAAUUGAUUCAGUUGGAUUAGAGUGUAUUUUAGGUGGUUUGUAUUUGAUCAAAUAUGGCGAAAGUGCGGCUGAGAAAUCUAUGGGGUUUGAAAUCAUUUGUUUACAUUUUGCCGAAGCUGUAAGAUUUAAUACUAUCUGUGAAUGGGUGAUGAAUGCCUUAAUCAAAGGUCAAAAGCUUUUAUUACCCACCAACAUACGAAGUUUUGUACGCAGUUGGCAAUCAAUUUCUUCGGUAAUGAGACUAGCGAUGCUGGAGCCCGAAAAAUACACAAGAAGAGAAUUGAUACAAAGAUUGAAUAAGUUCGAUGUCAAAAAUGAAGAAGAUUUGAACAAGUUUUGGGAUCAUGUAAUGAUAAUCCACAGAGAAACAGAAAAGCACAGGAAAUCAAGGAGGGAAAAGGAAAGGGCUAAGCACAACCAACCUCCUCUAUCAAGCACAGUUCAAGGUGGAUGGGAUGAUAAAGCGAAUGAGAAACUCAAGAAAACACGGGAAAUGCUCUUGAAUACUUUAGUUGAAUUGAGUGGGAAGAAAGAUAUAUGGAGUUGCAUUAAGAGAAUUUUUAAAACACACAAUGAGAUGGUUGCCCGUUCAAUAGCCUAUGAAACCGACAUGACCCUUGUGAAUGAAGAUUUCUCCCAUUGGAAGGAUGAUAAAGGUUCAUCUAAAAACGUACUUCCCCAUGGCACAAUUUCCUUUUAGUGAAUUUCUUGUUCUCUUCUGAUCAAGCUAACAGUUCUCUUCUUGGUCAAUGUUUCUUGCCAAGUAUGGUGGUGUGCCUUUUUGUUUAGUUGUCGAUAUGUAAUUCUGAUACUAUUUAAUUUGGAUGCAUAUGUUGAAUCUUGUUUUUUUUUUUUU